AUGUAUGUCAAGAAGCGCGAUGGACGCCAGGAGCGCGUCCAAUUCGACAAGAUCACUGCCCGUGUCUCCAGAUUGUGUUACGGACUGGACGCCGACCAUGUCGACCCAGUUGCCAUCACCCAGAAGGUCAUCUCCGGAGUCUAUGGAGGUGUUACCACAGUACAGCUUGACGACCUGGCAGCCGAGACCGCCGCAUACAUGACCGUCACCCACCCAGACUAUGCCAUCCUGGCCGCGCGUAUUGCCGUGUCCAACCUCCACAAGCAGACAAAGAAGCAAUGGUCUUCGGUCAUCAGUGAUCUCUACCACUACGUCAACCCCAAGAACAACAAGGCAUCGCCCAUGAUUGCUCAAGAGACGUACGACUGCGUAAUGAAACACAAGGAGGAGUUCGACUCUGCCAUCGUCUACGACCGAGACUUCAACUACCAAUACUUCGGCUUCAAGACUUUGGAGCGCUCCUACCUCCUCAAGCUCAAUGGCAAGAUCGCCGAGAGGCCGCAGCACAUGAUCAUGCGUGUUGCGGUUGGUAUAUGGGGCGAUGAUAUUGAGAAGGUCAUCGAGACCUACAACCUCAUGUCCAGCAAAUAUUUCACUCACGCCUCCCCAACUCUCUUCAACGCUGGAACACCCCAGGCACAGCUGUCCUCCUGCUUCCUCGUUGACAUGAAGGAUGAUAGCAUUGAGGGUAUCUACGACACCCUAAAGACUUGUGCUAUGAUCUCCAAGAUGGCAGGUGGCAUCGGCCUCAACGUUCACCGCAUCCGCGCCACCGGCUCAUAUAUUGCCGGCACCAACGGCACUUCGAACGGCAUCGUGCCCAUGCUUCGUGUCUUCAACAACACUGCCAGAUAUGUCGACCAGGGCGGCAACAAGAGGCCUGGUGCUUUUGCCAUCUACCUCGAACCAUGGCACGCGGAUGUCUUCGAGUUCCUCGACCUUCGCAAGAACCAUGGCAAGGAAGAAGUCCGUGCUCGUGACCUUUUCCUUGCUCUCUGGAUCCCCGAUCUCUUCAUGAAGCGUGUUGAGAAGAACGGCGACUGGACCCUCAUGUGCCCCAACGAAUGCCCUGGAAUGGCUGAUGUCUACGGCGACGAGUUCGAGGCUCUCUACGAGAAGUAUGAAGCCGAGGGCCGUGGCCGUACGAUCAAGGCCCAGAAGCUCUGGUAUGCCAUCCUCGAGGCACAGACUGAGACCGGAAACCCUUUCAUGCUCUACAAGGACCAUUGCAACCGCAAGAGCAACCAGAAGAACUUGGGUACCAUCCGCAGUUCUAACCUCUGCACUGAGAUUAUCGAGUACUCUGCACCAGACGAGGUCGCUGUCUGCAACCUGGCGUCUUUGGCAUUGCCGUCUUUCGUGGACUACAACGCUGGUGUCUAUGAUUUCCAGAAGUUGCACGAUGUUACCCAGGUGGUUGUUCGCAACCUGAACAAGAUCAUUGAUGUCAACCAUUACCCUGUCCCGGAGGCGCGCAACAGCAACAUGCGACACCGUCCCAUCGGUCUUGGUGUCCAGGGUCUUGCCGACGCUUUCCUUGCUCUCCGUAUGCCUUUCGAGUCGCCAGAGGCUCGGCAGCUGAACAAGCAAAUCUUCGAGACUAUCUACCACGCUGCCUUGACAGCAUCGUGUGAUAUUGCUCAGGUCCAGGGCACUUACGCCACGUACGAAGGUUCUCCUGUCUCACAAGGUAUCCUUCAGUACGACAUGUGGAAAGAUGUCACGCCAUCAGACCUCUGGGACUGGGAGGGCUUGAAGGCACAGAUCAAGCAGCACGGUAUUCGCAACAGUCUGCUCAUGGCUCCCAUGCCCACCGCCAGUACCUCACAGAUCUUGGGCAACAACGAAUGCUUCGAGCCCUAUACCUCCAACAUCUACUCUCGUCGUGUUCUGGCUGGCGACUUUCAGGUUGUCAACCCUUGGCUGCUGAAGGACCUUGUCGACAUGGGUCUUUGGUCUGACAACAUGAAGAACCGUAUCAUCGCCGAUGGAGGUUCCGUCCAAAACAUUGCCAGCAUCCCUGCCGAGGUCAAGGCUCUGUACAAGACCGUCUGGGAAAUCUCCCAAAGGACAGUCGUUCAGAUGGCUGCCGACCGCGGUGCUUUCAUCGAUCAGUCGCAGUCUCUCAACAUUCACAUGAGAGAUCCUACUAUGGGUAAAAUCACGAGCAUGCACUUCGCCGGCUGGAAGCUUGGUCUCAAGACCGGCAUGUACUACUUGCGUACCCAGUCUGCCGCUCAGCCUAUUCAGUUCACCGUUGACCAGGCUGCUCUGAAGGUCGUUGACUCACCCACCGCUAAGCUCGGCGCGUUGAAGAAGCGAGCACCGCCCUCUGGCAGCUACGUGUCGUCGCAGAACACCGGUGUCCCCAGACCUGUAUACGCCAAGAGGGAGGAUUCGAACAGCAACCUCAACGCGUCGGAUCUUAAUGGGGUCCCAACGCCGAGCGCCACCCCGCCCCCGAUGGGCGUGGCUAAGGCAGGGAACACAGUUGCUGUGCCUGCAAACCCUCCUCCUUUCAAGGCGGAUGUAGAGGAGGCUGAGAGCCCCAAGGCUUUGGCGACUGAGCCCUCAGAGAAGCUGAAGGCUGAAGAGCUUCCGGAGGGAACACUCGAGGGCAAGAAGACACCUCUGCAAGAUGAGGAUAAAGAUGGGGAGAGCAAAGAGCGCGAGUACGACAUUUACGCUGAUGCCGUUCUGGCUUGCAGUAUUGAGAACCCCGAAUCCUGCGUGAUGUGCAGCGGUUAA